AUGGAAGAUUAUAUUAAAGCUGUAGUCAAACAUUUUGCCUCAGAUGUCAAAAAUGUUGACUUCAUAUCCAACCCAGAGGGAAGUAGACAAGAAAUAAACAAAUGGGUAGAAGAAGUCACAAACGAAAAGAUCAAAAACCUUCUGCCUAGCGGAUCUAUUAAUGCACUCACAAGAAUGGUAGUUGCAAAUGCCAUCUAUUUCAAAGGAAACUGGGCGACACAGUUUGUGCAAAAGAGUACAACAAAAACUGAUUUUCAUACAUUGGACGGAAAAUCUUUGAAGACAGACAUGAUGACACGAGAAAUGAAGAAAGUGCGAUAUGGCGAAAAUACAGCUUUGGAUUGUAAGGUUUUACAUCUGCCUUACAUUGGGGAUGAAAUGGCUAUGGUAGUUCUACUUCCAAACACCGUCACUGGAUUGCUGGAAAUGGAGAAAAAGAUGAACGUCCAAAAUAUGAACCAAUGUAUCGAAAAAGUUUCCUCACCAACUGUUAAAGUUUCUGUUCCGAAAUUCAAGCUUGAGAGUUCAUUCCAGCUUUCUGAUACAUUAUCGGCUCUCGGAAUGCCUGACGUGUACGAUCAAAAUAAAGCUGACCUCUCUGGAAUGGGAAAGGAUUUGUUCGUUUCUAAGGUGUUCCACAAGGCGUUUGUGGAUGUAAACGAAGAAGGUACAGAGGCUGCAGCUGCGACUGCUGCAACAAUUAAGACUCUAAGCAUGCCAGCUCCUCCACGGACGUUUACGGCUGAUCACCCGUUCAUGUUUAUGAUUUGGCACUACAAGCUGAAGGCGCCACUGUUUGUUGGUCGAUUUACUGGACAAGAAACGGAAACUUCUCAGACACGAGACGAACUCUAG